AUGGUGCCCGCACAAAGUCGAACUGCAGUCACCGCAGUGCCCCUUCCCCCAAGGUUGUUAUCGCCUUUUUUAUUAUGUGCACUAUGUUUAAGGCAGUUGUUAUCAUGUGCGGAUUUGACCAUGGCAUACGGGCGUCGAUACGGUCUUGUAGGUCGUAACGGUAUAGGAAAGACAACGCUCUUGAAGAUGAUCUCAAGCGGGCAAUUGCGGAUACCAUCAGGAAUCAGUUUGCUUGCCGUAGAGCAGGAAGUUGAAGGUGAUGAUACCAGAGUACUGGAUGCUGUGCUGGCUUCCGAUUCACGACGGCAAGCGAUGAUCGACAAGGAACAUGUCUUGCAAGCAAGACUGAACAAGUAA